AUGCCGCCCUCUCAGCUGAAGCAGCUGAAGGCCUCCCUCCGUGAAAAUGGAGUUCUUGGUCCUCAGAAAUCUAAGAAAGAAAAACGCCAAAAUGCGAAGACCGGCGUCGGUGCGAAGAAUCGCAACCAACGCGAGAUAGCCUUGCAAGCAAUCCGAGACCGAUUCAACCCUUUCGAGAUCAAAACUACCAACAAAUCAAGCAAGUUCGAUGUCACAACCCGAGAUGGCAACACGACUGCCGGAGGUGGCGCUCGCCCGGGUGUUACCAAAUCACUGGGUGAAGAAAGACGACGCGCCACUCUUUUGAAAGAAAUGAACAGUCGAAACAAGAUUGGUGGACUAGUCGAUCGCCGGUUUGGUGAGAAUGAUCCUACCAUGACACCAGAGGAACGGGCCGCCGAAAGAUUCGCCAGGGAAAACCAAAGGAAGAUGCGGAAAGAGUCCAUGUUCAACCUCGAGGACGAUGAAGAUGAGAUGCAGCUUACUCACAUGGGUCAAUCUUUAUCGUUCGAUGGACCGAAUCAAGACGACUUCGAGGCGGGCGAUUUGGAGGGCGCAGAGUCCGACGAUGAGAUGUCGCGGAAGCGGAAACGACUCGAAGAUGGCGAUGAGGCUCAGGAACAGGAGGACUUCAUCGACUAUGGAGAUGAAGAGCAACCAGGGCGCAAAAAGACCAAGGCCGAGGUUAUGAAAGAAGUCAUUGCCAAGUCUAAGUUCUACAAAGCGGAACGGCAACAGGCCAAAGAUGACGAUGAAGCUCUAAGAGAGGAGUUGGAUAAACAACUUCCUGAUCUUUUCGAUGCUCUGCGGGGCAUGAAGCCUGCAGCAAAGCCAGAGGCGGCACCCAAGCAGGAUUUCUCAGAGAUGAACCCAGAGCGAGCUGCCAUGCUUGAACAGUCGCAGAACAAGGAUCCAGAGAAAGAAUAUGAUCAGCGGCUCAGGCAGAUGACAUUCGAUCAGCGGUCAAAACCCACAGAUCGCACAAAGACGGAGGAGGAGAAGGUGGAGGAAGAGGCAGAACGGCUCAGGAAACUUGAGAGUGAUCGCCUUCGGCGGAUGCGUGGAGAGCUGCUCAGUGACGACGAGGAGGAUAAUAUGGAUCUGGACGAAAUGCGUGAGGAUGAUGAGUCGGAAAUCGACGACGCUACGCAUUUUGGCCUUCCAGCCUAUCCUACCGAACGGCCUGAACUCGGUGUUGAAGAUGAAGACGAUUUCAUCAUCGACGAAGAUCUAGUUGAGACCGAUUCAAACGCUAGCCUCGACAUGGGUGAUAGUGACGCGGAAGAGGAGGAGGAGGAUGUGUCGAGUGAUGAGUCUGAAGGACCAGAUGGAGAGGACGAGCUCAUCAACGGAAUGACGUUACCAACAGAUGAUGAUGCCGCUGGCGCUUCGACUGCUGCUGAGAUCAGCAAGGGAGCAAACGGACAGCUAGCAUUCACGUAUCCUUGUCCAAAGGACCACGCAAGCUUCUUGGCUAUUAUCAAGAACGUGCCUGUCGAGGAAAUCCCAACAGUCAUCCAGCGUAUUCGAGCAUUGCAUCAUCCCCGCCUUAAGCCUGGCAACAAGGACAAGCUUGGUCGGUUCGCUGAAGUCCUUGUUGAACAUGUUUCUUACAUGAGCAACGAGACCGAGCAACCUCCAUUUGCCAUUGUUGAGAAUAUCAUUCGUCAUAUUCAUUCUUUGGCUAAGACCCAUCCUUUGAACGUGACAAUCGCAUGUCGUGCGCGUCUUCGUGAGAUUGGCAAGGAGCGCCCACUCGGUUUGCUUCCUGGCGAUCUCAUCUUGCUUACCGGCAUCUCAACCUUCUUCCCCACAUCAGAUCAUUUCCACACGACGGCCACACCCGCUCAUCUCUGCUUGGCGCGGUACCUGGGUCAGUGCACUACCACCUCCCUCAAGGACCUUGCAAGUGGUGCAUUUGCUUCAAGUCUUUGCCUCCAAUACCAGGCCGCUUCGAAGAGAUACAUGCCCGAGUUUAUCAACUACACUUUGAAUGCUCUCUGCAAUCUUGCCCCUACGGAGCCGACUGUGAAGUUCGGAGCCUUCCCUUACAGAAAGUCACUGGAAUCUGUUCAGCUGGCAUCCUCCAAGAAGGUCACGCCUCGUAAACUGCAAUUCCGCGAUGUGACCAUGUCUCCAUCUGAUCCCCAGGCGCAGGAAGAACUCAAAAUUUCUCUCUUGGUUACUUUUGUAUCCCUCCUUGGCUCUGCUUCCGAUACGUGGGCCGAGAAGUCCGCAUUCACCGAGAUUUUCACACCGGCCCGUGCCGUUCUGCAAUACCUCCGCCAAGCCCUUAAGGGCAAGGUAUAUGCGGCAGCCCGGGAGCCCGUUCAGAGCACCCUGGACAAGAUCGAUUCCCACCUUGCGCAGGCUCGUCUUGUUCGCCGCCCGCUGUUCUUGCAUGACCACAAACCCCUGGCCAUCAAGACAGCCAUUCCGAAGUUCGAGGAAAACUUCAACCCAGACAAGCACUACGAUCCCGAUCGCGAGCGUGCCGAGUCCAAUCGCCUCAAGAAGGAGCUCAAGCGCGAGCGCAAGGGUGCCAUGCGCGAGCUCCGCAAGGAUGCCAGCUUUAUUGCUCGCGAAAAGCUGCGCGAGAAGAAAGAACGCGAUUCGGAGUACGAGAAGAAGUACAAGCGCCUUGUUGCAGAAAUUCAAAGCCAGGAGGGUCGUGCCGCCAACGAGUACGAGCGAGAGCGUGGCAGGCGGUAA